CAUUCAUCUGUUGUCUGGGUAAAAAUGGCUCCUGAUAAGAAGGAUAAGAAGCGCAAGGCUGUGGCCGCCACCGUCGAUUCGCCUGCGAAGAAAACGAAGAAGGUCGAAGCCAAAGCCGCUGAGCCCGCCGAAACCCCCAAGUCUAUCCUGAAAAAGAACAAGACCAAUGGAGCCAAGGAAGACAAAACUUCCAAGCCCAAAGCGAACGGCGAUUCCCCUCGACCGGUCAAGCCUCGCAAGCGUGCUGCGGACUACAUGAGCGACGAUGAGAGCGAGGAUGAAGUCCCCGUCAAGAAGGCUGAUAAGGAGACCAAGGUCAAGCCGAGCGCUAAGAAGACCAAACAGGAGGAUGGCACUGCCGCUCCUGUGAAGGAGAAGGCUGAAAAGGCUGGCAAGAAGGCUAAGAAGCUUGAGAUUGUGCCUAGCGAUUCCGAAGAGGAGGCUGCGUCGGCUGCGGAGGAGAGUGAAGAGGAGGAUGACCAGACCACCGCUCUGAUCCGAGGCUUCGAGAGCAGCGGUGAUGAAGACGAGUCUGGAGACGAGGGCAUCGAUCCUGAAGCGCCGGUCCCCAAGAUCCCUGACUCGAAAAAGGCUAAGCGCAAGAUCCUGAAAUUGCAGAAACAGAACAAGGCCGAGUCUUCAGAGCAGCCUGGUGUUGUCUACGUUGGCCGCAUCCCCCAUGGUUUCUACGAACACCAAAUGCGCGCCUACUUCAGUCAAUUUGGCGACAUCACCAAGCUCCGCCUAAGCCGUAACCGCCACACCGGCAAAUCGAAGCACUACGCCUUCAUCGAGUUCGCUUCUGAAUCUGUCGCCAAGAUUGUCGCGGCUACAAUGGACAACUAUCUCAUGUACGGCCAUAUCCUGAAGUGCAAGUAUGUCCCCAGCGAGCAACUGCACCCAGAGCUGUGGAAGGGUGCAAACCGCCGCUUCAAGGCAACACCGUGGAACCGAAUUGAGCAGAAGCGUCUGAAUAAGGGACGGACCCGUGAGAACUGGACGAAGAAUAUCGAGAAGGAGCAGAAGAGGCGUUUGGCUAAGGCGGAGAAGUUGAAGGAGUUGGGAUAUGAGAUAGAGCUGCCGGAAUUGAAGAGUGUGGAUGAGGUUCCUGUGCAGAAGCCUGACGAAGAAGUCAAGGCGAUCGAGGGUGAGCAGGAGGCCAAGGCUAUCGAGGCCCCGGUCGAGCCCCAGGCCGAGCUUGAGAAGAGUGAUGAUACCCCAAAGAAGUCGAAGAAAGACAAGAAGGAGAAGAAGACGGCUGUGGCUGAGGCUCCUGUCGAGUCUCCCAAGCCCAAAGAGGCCGCCGCAGCGUCGCCCGCUACGAAGUCAAAGAAGAAGACCAAGGCCAAGACCAAGGCCUAG